AUGACAGGCGACAGUUCUGCCGACAGCUCCGCUGGCGAGGUUGGGUUCACGGUGAUUUCGCAUGAUUCCCCCCACCCAGCACCAGUUUGGGUUGAGAAAAAGGUGGAUAACCAUUCGCUGUUCAACUCUGCAGCAGCAGCAAUGGCUUCCUUCUCGCAGCUCUUCUCCAUCGUUCUUCUCCUCUCGUCUGCCCUCAGCAGCUCGUAUGCUGCUCCCCACCACUCCAGUCUUACCGAAUCUUCAUCCACUGAUCGUGCCGCAGCUAUCACCUCAGGAGCAGCAGGCGAAACUGCUACAAACGACAUUCCUUCAAACGAGGAUUCGGCAGCACCAAGGAGGGUGAUAUUCGGCAAGUUUCCAGACCCCAUCUGCAAGCGCUUCGGCGGAUGCACCGAGCCCAUUGACCCCGUUGACGACCCCAUUGACCCCACACCUUGCAGCGUCAAUUCGGAUGCUGGGGACCACAGAUCUACUGCAACGGGAGCUGCUGCCUCGGAAACUCACCGCGUUGCUGUGGCGGCCAGUGCUGCCAGGGAGGUGAGUCCAUAG